GAGGCGGAAGCGGUGCCAGCAGCAACGCAGGCCAAUCGCUUUGGAGCGCGCGGGGCCGGGAGCGAAGCCAGGGCUGCGGGAGAACCGGAGCGCGGGAGUUGGCGUGGCGGAACCAUGGUGGGCCACCUGAGCGAGGGGGCCAUUGCGGCCAUAAUGCAACAGGGAGAUACAUCCAUAAAACCCAUCCUCCAAGUCAUUAACAUCCGUCCCAUUACCACAGGGAACAAUCCACCCCGUUAUCGACUGCUCAUGAGUGAUGGAUUGAAUACGCUGUCCUCUUUCAUGUUGGCGACACAGCUGAAUCCUCUUGUUGAGGAAGAACGAUUGUCUAGCAACUGUAUUUGCCAGAUUAACCGAUUUAUUGUGAACACAUUGAAAGAUGGAAGGAGAGUAGUUAUUUUAAUGGAUUUAGAAGUUUUGAAAUCAGCCGAAGCAGUUGGAGUAAAGAUCGGCAAUCCAGUGCCUUAUAACGAAGGACACGGACAGCAGCCAGUUGUUCCUCCUCCCGUCUCAGCAGCCAGCCCACCAACCAGCAACCCCCAGCAACAGAACGGGAGCUCGGGAGUGGGUUCCACUGUAUCUAAGGCUUAUGGUGCCUCAAAGAUAUUUGGAAAAGCUGGAGGUACCAGUGUAGUGAACAGCUCUGGGGGAACACAGGCCAAAGUGGUCCCCAUUGCCAGCCUCACCCCUUACCAGUCCAAGUGGACCAUUUGUGCUCGUGUUACCAACAAAAGUCAGAUCCGUACCUGGAGCAAUUCCCGAGGGGAAGGGAAGCUUUUCUCUAUAGAACUAGUUGAUGAAAGCGGCGAAAUCAGAGCCACUGCGUUCAACGAGCAAGCGGACAAGUUCUUUCCCCUUAUUGACGUGAACAAGGUCUAUUACUUCUCUAAAGGCACCCUGAAGAUCGCCAACAAACAAUUUACAGCUGUCAAAAACGACUACGAGAUGACCUUCAAUAAUGAGACUUCUGUCAUGCCCUGUGAGGACGGCCAUCAUUUACCCACAGUUCAGUUUGAUUUCACAGGGAUCGCCGACCUGGAGAGCAAGUCGAAAGACUCCCUCGUAGACAUAAUUGGGAUCUGCAAGAACUACGAAGAUGUCACCAAAAUCACAGUGAAGUCUACCAACCGAGAAGUUUCCAAGAGAAAUAUCUAUUUGAUGGACAUGUCGGGGAAAGUGGUGAAUGCGACUCUGUGGGGAGAAGACGCUGAUAAAUUUGAUGGUUCUAGGCAGCCCGUGAUGGCUAUCAAAGGAGCCAGAGUGUCCGAUUUUGGUGGACGGAGCCUCUCCAUACUGUCUUCCAGCACAGUCAUUGUGAAUCCUGACAUCCCAGAGGCCUAUAAGCUUCGUGGAUGGUUUGACUCAGAAGGACAAGCCUUAGAUGGCGUUUCCAUCUCUGAUCUGAAGAGUGGAGGCAUAGGAGGGAGCAACACCAACUGGAAAACUUUAUAUGAGGUUAAAUCGGAGAACCUGGGCCAAGGUGACAAGCCUGACUAUUUCAGCGCUGUGGCCACCGUGGUGUAUCUUCGCAAAGAAAACUGUAUGUACCAGGCCUGCCCAACGCAGGACUGCAACAAGAAGGUGAUCGAUCAGCAGAAUGGGUUGUACCGCUGCGAGAAGUGUGACAGCGAAUUCCCCAACUUCAAGUACCGCAUGAUCCUGUCGGUAAAUAUUGCCGAUUUUCAAGAGAAUCAAUGGGUCACAUGUUUCCAGGAGUCUGCAGAAGCCAUCCUUGGGCAAAGCACUGCUUAUCUUGGGGAGCUAAAGGAGAAGAACGAGCAAGCCUUUGAGGAAGUUUUCCAGAACGCCAACUUCCGGUCUUUCACCUUCAGGAUCAGAGUCAAACUGGAGACCUACAACGAUGAGUCUCGAAUUAAGGGCACUGUGAUGGACGUGAAGCCCGUGGACUACAAAGAAUAUGGCAGAAGGCUGAUCAUGAGCAUCCGCAAAAACGCAGCCAUGUGAGACGAGACAGAAGCGUGAAGACACAGAGCUGAAGCAGCUCGAUACCCCCGACCCCGCGUGGCAGAUCCCCGUUGGCUGCACGGACCCGAGAGCCUCUGUGGUGGACUCGGCCGUCGCCCCUCUUGUGCACAGCCGGAAGCCACUGGCAGCCAAGGGAAAUUCGCUCGGUGGUGUGCGGUGUCAACCGUGUCAGACCCCAGGGUCGGCCGGCGGGUCGUGUAGUACCAGUCACUCCUUCUGUCCUCAGGCUUUUGUCAGUUUUAUUAAGAUUUCAUUAUCUUCAACGAGGAAUUAUGUCACAAGUAAUUGACCCUGAAUCUGCAGACAGUGAAAUAAAUUAUGUAAGUAGCGUUUCCGCUUCUCCCGUGGUGACACCCUCACAACGUGGGUCCCUUCUCGGGAGGGAGAGCCGAGACGUGGCCGUGCGGAGGAUCCUGGGCCUUCCAGUGAGGGUGUCUUCCUAGAACUCAAAGGCUCUCUUUCUAGAGGUGCCACAUAGUCGUUAAUGCUUGGAAUGGCAACGGGGUAGAAUUAUUAAUCAAAGUCGUAUCUUUUAUAUCUGAAGAAGAUCCUUCCUUCAGGGUUUAAUAGGCUGAGUCAGAUGGGUCUGAUAUUAAUCAAAAUCGUCUCCUCUGAGGAAGGCUGAUGAGCAUUGACUUGCAUCCCCGAGGGACAUCCAGACAACUACAAAGCAUUGCUUUCGUUUUCCCUGCCAUUAAUAUUGCAUUUUGGUUGGUGGAUUCACGCCUCUCCUACCUGUAUGUAUUUCUUGCAUGUAGAUGUUUCUUUUCUUGAUUAGAGCCAUGUCAAAUAGUAGGGAUUAGGAAGGGAGAAGCCCUCUGUUCCCUUGCUUUGUUUAAUAAUAAACAGUAUAUUCUCUG